AUGUCAAACUCUGUUCCUGCUCAAUUCUCUGGUUUCGCUGCUUAUGGUCCUGAAACUUGGAAUGAAACUCAUUUAGUUCAUUAUGAACCUAAAAAAUUCUUACCGGAAGAUAUCACCAUUAAGAUCAAAGCAUGUGGUGUUUGUGGUAGUGAUUGUCAUCAAAUCAAAGGUAAUUGGGGUCCUCAUCCAAGAUCUGAUUUAGUAGUUGGUCAUGAAAUAAUUGGUGAAGUAGUUGAAGUUGGUUCAGCUGUAACUAAACAUAAAUUAGGUGAUAUUGUUGGAGUUGGAGCUCAAUCUAAUAGUUGUGGUGAAUGUGAUAGAUGUUUAUCCAAUAAUGAACAAUAUUGUCCUAAACAUGUUUUCACUUAUGGAACUGUUGAUUUCAAAGCGGAUAAUUAUGUUACUCAAGGUGGAUAUGCUUCUCAUAUUAGAUUAAAUGCUCAUUAUGCUGCUUCAAUUCCAACUAAUUUAGAUAUCAAUGCCGCUGCUCCUUUAUUAUGUGGUGGAUUAACGGUUUAUUCUCCUAUUGUUAGAAAUGCGGGAUAUGAUUUAUCUAAUAAAACAAUUGGGAUUGUCGGUAUUGGAGGACUUGGAUCUAUGGCAAUUCAAAUUGCCAAAGCUUUAGGGGCUAAGAAAAUUUAUGCAUUUUCAAGAUCUGAUACUAAAAAAGCAGAUGCAUUAGGUUUAGGAGCGGAUGAAUUAAUUGCUACUAAAGAGAAACCAUUUUGGUUUAAGGAACAUUUUAAUGAAUUUGAUUUCAUUCUUAAUUGUGCUAAUUCGGGUAAAGGUGCAAAUUUAGAUCCAUAUAUUUUAGUAUUAAAAUUAAGUGGAAUUUUCGUUAAUGUUUCUGCUCCCCCUGUUAAUGAAAAAUUACAAUUUAGUGCAUUCCCUAUGAUUUCAAAUGGUGGAACUGUUAAAGCUUCUGCUAUUGGAUCUAUGAAAGAAGCGGAUGAAUUAUUGAAAUUAUUUGCUGAUAAGGGGUUAUCACCAUGGAUUGAAAAAAUUCCAAUCAGUGCUAAAGGUGUUAAUCAAGUUCUUACUAGAAUUAAUGACAGUAAUGUUAGAUAUAGAUUUGUCUUGACUGAUUUUGAAAAUGCCUUUAAUUAG